AUGUACUUAACUUAUUCCAUAUGCUUAACUUUUCUUUCGAAAAAUGACAACAAACUCGAUUUAGAAAUUGAUUUAAAAAAUGAAUACUUUCAACAAAAGAUGAUAGAAGAAAAAAAUUCUUUACUUAGAACAAUUUCCUUGUUGACAGUUUUUUGUACAAUAAUGGUUAUUAUUGCCUUUCAAUUUUUGAAUGUAUAUGUUUAUUAUCCCGGAGUCGAAAGAAAGAAGAAAUUUGAAGGAGAAGCACUAUUAUGCACUAUUCUGUAUGUUCUAGGUGUCAUACCUAUAAAUGGAGGAUUUGCAUUUGGUUUAUUGUUAGUAGCUUUAUUGUUGUUAAUCGCGUAUAAAGAAUUUGAACAUGUACUGUUUGAACUGUCGUUCAAACAGAAUAUUCCUAAGAAUAUUCACAAGAAUAUUCCUAAUGAAUUGAAAAAAUUGAUGCUUCGACAACAAGAAUUAUGGAUAUUCAUCAAUCAAUUUAACACUAAACUUAGUUAUCCAUUUUUCGUUCUGUACUUUUCUGUUAUGUGGAUAAUUAGCUUCUACUUUUACACAUACCUAUUUGCAGAUGUGAAUGAUUCAAUGCGUUUAGUCUCCUUACUAGAGUCCAUAGUUUUUACCUUCGUGUUUACAAUUCUGGGUUGUUUACUCUCUUGUUUCGCAUUUUCGAUGCAGAAUGGUUUUCAAGAUAUUCGUCAACUCGCAGAUUGCAGUCUCAAAUUGGAACAGAAACUCAAGAUUUUAGAUUUCAUGAAACGAUUUGGGAAAGUUUCCUUGUGUCUUUCAAUCGGUGGUUUCUUUGUUGUGGAUAAGAAAAUUAUUUUCAAGAUGGCGAAUGGCGAGUACGUUGCAUUCUAUUCUGUCAGGACUUUUAAAGUUAAGGAAGGCAUCGAAAAUGAACACAAAUUGUAA